AUGCCUCUCAAUACUGGAGAAAUAAUGAAUGCUCUUGCUAUCGUGUCAGAACACGAACACAUGAAUGUUGCAGUCAAGGAAUCGGCUAAAGGAGGAAUAAUUACGGGUGUGUCCACCGUUUGUGGAGGCCUCCUGCUUGGACCUCUUGGCUUGGCACUUGGUGGCACAUUUGGUGGAAUCACAGCAUAUUGUAUGAGUAAGAACAAGUUCAAGCCUGUCCCAAAAAUAUUGAUGGAAGAUCUUACGGUUCGUCAGAAAGAAGAACUGGUUAGAUCUGUUCAGGCUGCUAUUAAUGACAUAAGAGCAGAAGAUGCAGCUAUGCUUGCAUCAUUGAUUCUCGCUGAUAGAACUCUGUCUGUAACUGUACUGCAGUUGGUAACAAAUUUUCUGAGAACUCAGAUAGGUGCAGAAGUAACUGGUCCAAGCUAUCUUCAGUAG